CUCUUCUACCACCCCGUUACUUAAAGGGCGGCUCAGAACAACCCCUGCACUAUUUUUCUCUUGCAAAAAAAAAAAAAAAAAAAGAGAAUUGUCAAAAACCCUAAUCAAGAAUCUGUCUGUGAAAUCAUCUUCUAUUGUUGAUGGCGACUCUGAUACUUCUUAGAUCAUCUCGAUCUGCUCUGAAAUCUGCUGAUUUAGCUUCCAGAUGUCUACCUGCAAGUACUGGUACAACCGCUUGGACUGCUAUACCAUUGGGUCAGAGUUGCAGAUUGUUCAGCACCACAUUGUAUUCUGUUAGUCCAGAAAAGGCAAAGCGACGUGAAGCCCUAAAGGUAACCGAUGAUAUUCUCAAUUCUGAGGCCAAGCUCCGUGCUUUGUUCAAGAAGUGGCUCUCGCUUAGUCAUGUACACCAUUUUGACGUGGAAGAUAGAGAAGCUUUCGAGGAGAGGUUUGCUAUAUUUAAAGGCAAGGCUCAACGUGUCAACCAACAUUACAAAAAGGUCGAUGCCACCUACUCUUUAGGAUUAACCCCAUUUGCUGAUUUGACUAGGGAAGAGUUUGGGAGAAUGAGAUAUAAGGUCUAUCCAAAGAAAGAGGUACCAGAAAGCUAUCUAGAUGUUUAAGAAAGCUUCUGACUUGAAUUGUUGAUUGGGUUUAAGUGGUGUCUAAUUAACCAGGUUAUAGCUGGUCUUAGAUGAGGUUUCUAGUUCUGUUUUAAUUUAUGUUAUUGCUGUAGUAGUAUUGCUGCUGAUGCUAAAAAACAUCAUGACUUGAGAUGGAACUAUUAGAUGAAACUUGAUAGUAACUUUAAUUAGUAUUUGGUUUGAGACUUUUUUAUUCUUCUGUUAUGCACAUUAUAAAUAAGCACUUUUCUUUUCUUUUGCCAUUA